UUUGGGCGGUGGCGGUAAUGACAACAGCAACAGUCACGUGACCGUGCAAAUUGAACCGGCUAAAAAGGUCAAGCGUCACAGCAUACACGGCAUGAUGGAGGAGGAGAACAUAGUGCGGCCGCAUCAGGAGAUACGCCAGUUAACCUUGGAGGAGAAGAAGUUUCUAUUGGCGGUGGAGCGUGGUGAUAUGGCGGGUACGCGAAGAAUGCUACAAAAGGCACAGGACACUGAUUACAUCAAUGUCAAUUGUGUGGAUCCAUUGGGACGCACUGCUCUCCUCAUGGCCAUCGAUAAUGAGAAUUUGGAAAUGGUCGAACUACUCAUCAGUUAUAAUGUUGACACCAAGGAUGCGCUGUUGCACUCAAUAUCGGAGGAGUUCGUGGAAGCUGUGGAAGUGCUGUUGGAUCACGAGAAUGUCACUUUUCAUACGGAGGGAAAUCAUAGCUGGGAAUCCCAAUCGGAGGACACUUCAACAUUCACACCCGAUAUUACGCCACUUAUUUUGGCGGCACAUCGUGAUAACUAUGAAAUAAUCAAAAUAUUAUUAGAUCGCGGAGCCGUACUGCCAAUGCCGCAUGAUGUAAGAUGCGGCUGUGACGAAUGUGUUCAAUCACGCCAAGAAGAUUCACUGCGACACUCACGUUCUCGCAUCAACGCCUAUCGUGCACUGGCCAGUCCAAGCCUCAUUGCAUUGUCGUCGAAGGAUCCUAUUUUAACUGCAUUUGAAUUAUCCUGGGAAUUGAGACGUUUAAGUUUCCUCGAACACGAAUUUAAGAAUGAAUAUCAGGAAUUGCGCAAACAAUGCCAAGACUUUGCCACCGCUUUGCUUGAUCAUACACGCACCUCACACGAAUUGGAAAUCCUAUUAAAUCACGAUCCCACCGGUCCAAUCUAUGAACAUGGCGAACGUAUGCAUUUGAAUCGUUUGAAAUUGGCUAUAAAGUUGCGUCAGAAAAAAUUUGUGGCACACUCAAAUGUUCAACAACUUUUAGCCAGUAUUUGGUAUGAGGGUCUACCGGGAUUUCGGCGUAAAAAUAUGGCUCUGCAGGCGUUGGAUAUUAUAAGAAUUGGCAUAAUGUUUCCCAUCUUCUCGUGGGCCUACAUUUUGGCACCCUACUCCAGUAUUGGACAGACUAUGCGUAAACCAUUUAUCAAAUUCAUAUGCCACAGUGCCUCCUACUUUACAUUUCUAUUUCUACUGAUGCUCGCUUCACAACGCAUCGAAACAUUCAUUGGUGGCUGGUUUUGGAGCGAUACGAACAACAUCAUCGCACAAGUGGAGGAGGUGCCUACAAAGCGUGGCGCGAAACCGACGUUUAUCGAAUGGCUGAUAUUGGCCUGGGUUAGCGGUCUAAUUUGGAGCGAGGUCAAGCAGCUGUGGGAUGUUGGUCUGCAAGAGUAUCUCAACGAUAUGUGGAAUGUCAUCGAUUUCGUAACGAAUUCACUCUAUGUGGCCACAGUGGCAUUACGUGUGGUGUCUUUCUUUCAGGUGCAAAAAGAAAUGAUCAUUAAUCCGCAUGCCACUGAUUUGCCGCGUGAGCGUUGGGACACAUGGGAUCCAAUGCUCAUUUCGGAAGGACUCUUUAGUGCGGCAAACAUUUUCAGUAGCCUCAAAUUGGUAUACAUCUUUUCGGUGAAUCCACAUUUGGGACCACUGCAAGUGUCCCUGUCGCGUAUGGUUAUGGAUAUCAUGAAGUUUUUCUUUUUGUACGUACUCGUGCUAUUCGCCUUCGGCAGUGGUCUGAAUCAAUUGUUGUGGUACUACGCAGAUUUGGAGAAGAAACGGUGCCCUGAAGUUUCGCCCUCGAAUGUACUUAUCACCAUGAACGGAACCACAGAUCCGAAUGCUUGCAUCGUUUGGCGGCGCUUUUCGAACCUCUUCGAAACCACACAGACACUUUUCUGGGCUGUUUUUGGUCUAAUCGAUUUGGAUAGCUUUGAGUUGGAUGGCAUUAAGAUUUUCACACGUUUCUGGGGCAUGCUAAUGUUUGGCACAUAUUCCGUUAUCAACAUUGUGGUGCUGCUGAAUCUACUUAUUGCUAUGAUGAAUCAUUCAUAUCAACUUAUAUCGGAGCGUGCUGAUGUUGAAUGGAAAUUUGCGCGUUCCAAAUUGUGGAUAAGUUACUUUGAGGAAGGUGGCACCUGCCCACCACCAUUCAAUAUUAUACCAACUCCAAAAUCCAUAUGGUAUGUGUUCAAGUGGGCGCGUAGAGUAUUUUGCAGUGGCUCUUCGGCUGCCAGACGUGAGCAUUUAAAGACAAUACGGCGUAAAGCGCAGCAGGCGAGUGAUCGCGAUUUCAAAUAUCAGCAAAUAAUGCGCAAUUUAGUGCGUCGGUAUGUGACCGUGGAGCAACGCAAGGCCGAGUCGCAGGGUGUCACCGAAGAUGACGUGAACGAAAUCAAACAGGAUAUAUCGGCAUUCCGUUGCGAAUUAGUGGAAAUUUUGAAGAAUAGUGGCAUGGAUACCAACGUUUCUGCGGGACAAGGCGGUGGUGGUGGCAAGAAGAACCGUCAAAAGGAGCGCCGGCUUAUGAAAGGCUUUAAUAUUGCGCCACCUGGUUCUACCGGUUCAUUGGCGCCGGUAGCGGAAUUCUCCACAUCGCUGGACAAUUUCGAUACACAACAUGAAAUACUUAGUAACACACUAUCGAAUCUUUUCAAUUCAAAUUUCAUACACAAAAAUCAACAGAAUGGUCAGACAAGCGGCAAGGAAUCGCCAACAAAUGGCACUACGACAACAACAACCACAAUACAAACGACAACAAAAUAUAAUAAAUCGGCAUUGAAACCGCACAAUAAGCGCAUUGCCGGCCACAAGAAGCGUUGGGGUACACUCAUCGAGGCCGCCAAAGUGGGAAAUGUCUCAAAAAUGCUAGGCCGCUCCAAAUCGGAAGACUCCAUGUGCAAUUCCUCGGCCAAUUCGUCGCCAGUUCAUGGCCAGGUGCGCGUCACAUAUGCACAGAAUUCUGCGCAGCAUUACAUGAGCAGCAGUGGCGAAACGACUACGACAGGCAGUCAUCGUGCCAAUGCACACACGCCGACACACAGCGCCGGCAUACAUGGUGGCAUAUUCAUGAAGGAUCACAGCAGCAGCUUGAAUAGCGGCAGCGGUAAUAGUGUCAGCAGCAAUGGUGGUAACGGUGCUUCGCAUUUCUUUCAUACAACAACCGGUCUCACUGCCAUAGCCGCUUUGAAAAAGAAGCGCAAGAAGUUUUCAUCGAGUAAGAAUAUCUGUCCCGUUAACGAAUCCAUAUCCACUGCCAAUGGAACGGCUGAGGCAGCAUUGAACGACAAGUCGCUUAAGCGCGUUUCCAGCUACCCAGCCUCACAUGCGGAUGGCGUCACGCCAAGUGGCAAAGAUGCCACAAUCACCGCCAAACCGCGUCGCCAUGAACAGACACAAAGUCAACAUGACUCUGUCGAAACGUCAACGGAAUUUACACUCUCCAAUGAGACACAUCAUUUGGAUCCAUCCAAUACAUCCGUCAAUUCGCGUGAACCAUUAAUUAGUGGCAGUUAUGCAUCGACCAGUAUAAUGGGUUAAGCAUAAGUAUGAGUCAGAAUAGAUAAGUA